AUGAGCAAGCAAGUCGAGCUCGCUCUCGUCUCGUUGAUGCCAACGUAUGGCUCCGAUCUCCCCACAACCCUAGUCGAGUCUGCCAGCUCCCUGCUGGCGCAGUCUCGACAUCUAGCCAGCACAUUGAAAAGCGACGAGGAGAUUGCCCGUCUCUAUGCCUGUGCCCACAUUGCCUGCAACCGACUCAAGAUUACUCUAGACCUCCCGACAAUUGAGCCACGGCCGCCGAUCCCGCCCCGAGUAUACAAGCGAUUAUAUGCACAUCUUGACAAUAUCCUUCCCAACCCAUCAGCAAGCGGGCGUAGAACGCGAAAUGCAAGCUCUAGACAGCGAGAUGCCGGGGAAUCGCCAGCAUCUUCACAAUCACGGCCUCUUCCUUCACGGCCUGAACCUAGCAAGGACAGCAGUCUUGCCCAAUUCAGGAAAAAAUCCGGCUUAGAUACGAAAACAGCACUAAAAUCAGACCGACAAGCACAUUCAAGCGUUAGAGAGUCAGAUAUAUACCCCUGGGUUCAGCCCGUUAUCCGACACCUAUGCGCUGAGCCUGGACACAAGAAACUUGCCCCCUCAAUGCUGGCAGGCAUGGAAUCGAUUUUACUACCCGGAGGGCGGAAAACAAAGGAUGAGUGGGCAUUGGAGCACGCAACUGCGUUAUGCGCAGCUGUUAUCUUCUUUGUUGCAAUGCGGGUUAGGGAUGUGGACCAAGAUGAAGCUAUCCAGCCUGAAAACUAUGUCCCUACCCGCGCCGAGAUUCUGGGGCAGCUGGAUCGAGCACGUCAAGGCGUCACAGUCAAAGGGUUAGGGCCGGAUACCCUUUGGGAAGGCUGGGUCGAUAUUACCGACGAUGACUUUGAUGCUGCGGUAUCAAGAGUCCGCGAAAACGGUUGGCUUGAGGCCGAUUGGUAUGACGGCAUUGCAGACGUCAUCAGUAUGAGCCUCCAACAGAAUGACAACGUGACUGAGUAUGAGGAGGGGACGUUGCAAGUCCAACAGCAGAGAGCAGAUACCAUGUUCCAAGAGAAGUAUGAUUACUUGAGUGAAAGCCGUAGAGCCGAGUACGAGACGUGGAAGACCACCAUUUUAGGGCGGAUUUCAGCGCUGUCUGCGUCUAUAGAGGCCGGUGGAGGAGAUGAUACCCAAUGA